GAUGUCAAAAAGAAGAAGACUCUUGUCGCUGCAGACAGGAAGAACUGGAAAACCUUCUAGAAAGAUUUUGAGUGUCCGGCUGUCAUCAUAUGUUGGACGGUGAUUUAUUGAAACGAAUUUCUUCCUAAGUGCUUGUCCUAUACUAAAGCAUGGGAACGGAUAGAAGGAUUAAUCGUGGUGAUCGUAGUGGGCGAUAUGGUUCUGAUGGGCGCAAAGAUGAUCCGGAGUGGUAUGGAAAACGAAGCAGAGAUGUGGAAAAGGAUAAUGAUCGACCCUGGGUUGAUGACAGAUGCAAAGAGCGCUGCGAUGAACGCAGAGACCGAGGCAGUCCAGAGAGGAGCCGAAAACGACACAGCAGUGACAGAUCUGAUGAUGAAUAUGAUGGUGAAUAUCCAGAGCAGGACUACAGAAUGGAGCAGGAGGAGGAGGAGAGCAAAACAGUUAUGCUAAGGGGUCUCCCUGUCCAUGUCACGGAAGAAGAUAUCCGCACGGCACUCGAGCAGCUAGAGGGACCGCAGCCUGUGGACAUACGUUUGAUGAAGAAAAGGACAGGUAUAAGCCGAGGUUUCGCCUUCGUGGAGUUUUAUCACUUGCAAGAUUCUGCCCGAUGGAUGGAGACCAAUCAGAAUAAGUUGGUGAUCCAGGGGAAAACCAUUGCAGUGCACUACAGCAACAGGAGACAGAAGUUUGAAAACUGGCUUUGCAAUGCUUGCGGUCUGUAUAAUUUUCGCAAGAGGCUGAAGUGUUUCAGGUGUGGAGCGUCAAAAGUUGGAGAAUCUCCUGCUGUAAAUGGUUUAACUGUCGAGUCUCAACAGCCAGGAGAGUACAGUGGAGACACAAUCAUUUUGAGGAACAUUGCCCCUCUGUCUACUGUUGAUGGGAUUUUGAACUUACUGGCACCAUACGCCAACCUGUCCACCAGCAACGUCCGUCUCAUCAAAGACAAACAAACAGGACAGAACCGAGGCUUCGCCUUCGUCCAGCUCUCAUCGCCCCUGGAGGCUUCUCAGCUGCUCACCAUCCUCCAGAGCCUUCAGCCACCUCUGAAACUGGAUGGAAAAACAGUCGGCGUGGAUUUUGCAAAGAGUGCUAGAAAAGAUUCGGCACUGCCUGACGGGAUCAGAGCCAGCGCUCUCUCUGUUGCCAGCACAGCCAUUGCUGCUGCUCAGUGGUCAUCCAGUCAGUUGCAGCGAAGCUCGGCUGCAACUUCAGAUCAGAUCGCUCUUCCAAAGAGUUACGCACAAGUGUGGCCGCAGCAGCCUGAAGGAUUGGUUCCUGUCAUUGGGGAUGGAUUACUCGGAGCUGCUCCAGGAAUGAAGACUCUGAUCCCUGCAGCUGCAGUUGUCAUAUCCCAGGCAGCUCAAGUCUACCAACCUGUCAUUAUCAGCCAGCCUGCAAUACAGACACAUCCACUAGUUGUUGCAGCACAGCAGCCUACUAGUGUUUGCACUACAUCACUCGUAACACCGGCAUCUUCCACUGGUGCUGCAACGAUUUGUGCUGCCCCGACUGCUAGCACAACAGCUGUCCCCGAUACUUCCACGUACCAGUACGAUGAGUCGUCAGGUUACUACUACGAUCCACAGACUGGUCUGUACUAUGAUUCAAGCAGCCAGUACUACUAUAACUCCGAGACUCAGCAGUACCUUUACUGGGACAGCGAGAAGCAGACGUACAUCCCUGCACCCUCUGAAUCCGACGCAAGUACAGAACAAGCAUCCACAGCGAGCACUGCAGCCACCUCCCCAACCACAGUCUCCACAAGCAGUAAAGAGCCCAAAGACAAGAAAGAAAAACCCAAAAACAAGUCUGCACAACAGAUCGCAAAGGACAUGGAGCGUUGGGCAAAAAGCUUAAAUAAACAAAAAGAAAGUAUUAAGAGCACUGUCCAAGGGUUCGGGUCUUCUAAGGAAGAAGACAAAAAAGAGUCUGCAGCUGCCGAUGCAGGUUUCUCCCUCUUUGAGAAGAAGCAGAUCGGAGGCUUUGAGAAACCGUCCCUCGUAACUGAACAGAUCAAGCUCAAGCUUGAGAUUUCAUCUAAGAGUGAUUUGGUUUCUGCCUACAAUGGGGAUAGUGACCCAGAGGAAGAUGGCUCAGAUCAAGCAGCGGAUGACGAGGGGAAAAUAACUGACUGGAAGAAGAUGGUCUGUCUGCUGUGUCGACGGCAGUUCCCCACCAAAGAUGCUCUGCUGCGUCACCAGCAGCUCUCUGACCUCCACAAGAAAAACUUGGAAAUUCAAAAAAGAGCACAGCUUUCAGAAGCUGAGCUGGAGGAGCUGGAGAGGAAAGAGACUGAGCAGAAGUACAGAGACAGAGCUGCAGAAAGAAGGGAGAAGUAUGGUGUUCCUGAACCUCCUGCACCUAAAAAGAAAUUUUACCAACCACCAAGCCAAACAGUAAACUAUGAGCAGCCCACCAAAGACGGUUUAACAAGUGAUAAUAUUGGGAGCAAGAUGUUGCAAGCGAUGGGCUGGCAGGAGGGCAAAGGUCUGGGGCGCCACCAACAAGGCAUCACUGUUCCCAUCUCGGCUUCAUUAAGGACCAAAGGCACCGGCCUGGGUGUUAAAGGAAGCUCAUAUGAACUCUCACCAUCUGACAACUACAAGGAUGCCGUGCGUAAAGCCAUGUUUGCACGCUUCACAGAGAUAGAGUGAACCGGGGAGAAAUAUACAAAAUAUACAGAAGAUUUUUCCAUCUGUACAAACUUAACUGUAAGUUGUCUUGUUUAUUUAGGGAAAAUGUUUUGAGUGCACUUCACACAUGGCACAUGUACAUUUUGUAUAAUGUUUGUACAUAAAAAAAUUAUGUAGAACUUCUGAAGUUUGUUUUGUGAGCCUUAAUGUGAUAAAUAAAAGUGGUCUUUAUGUGCA